ACCCCAAUUCAGAAGAAUCCACACCGCGAAUAUCUCAUUCUUCUUCGAAUCGGUACGAUUCUAGAGAAAAGGUAAGAGAUUUCGAGAGAGACGCAAUUGAUUCGGUGUGGCGACAUUUGGACUCGAGACAACGGUCGACUUGGCGAGAUCAUGACCACUCGCAAUAUGAGAACGAUCGAUAUAGCUCAGAUCGUAGGAGAAGAAAUUCAUCUAGGGAUCGAUCAAGCAAAAGUAAAUAUUCGACUGUCGAGAGAAGUCGAAGUCGUGACCGAAGUCCAACUAGUUAUCGCAGUCGGCACCAUAAGUCUUCUCGGAACCGGGAACGUGGAUAUGAAAGCAGUCGUAAACAUGAUCGCGAUGUAAAUCAUUCCCGUAGCCGUGAUCAAAAUCGAAAUAAAGAAAACGCUCGUAAUAAGGAACGUGAUUCUGUUCAUGGUUGGGGUUUGCCGGAAAAACCGAAAUUUACCCGUACCAACGUUGAGAGUCGUACCACCGAAAAUAAGGACAAUAACCACGAUCAGACCCCUAGCGUUGACACGAUCAAAUUUGAGGAAGAAGAGGAACAUAAGAUAGGAAUAAGUUUUUCUGAAGCAUUUACAUCAUUGUCGGAUAUUCCGAGUGCUCGUAAAUUCUCCGAUCUCAACAAGUCCAAGGAUAACAAGAAGUCCGAAAGAUCAAAAGGUCAAAAUAGUCACUCGUCUACAUCUGGCAAUAAAGAAGAAAGAGUUAACGCCAAGGAAAACAAGAGCUCCACUCGUCAGAGACAAUUAGAUUCAAAGAAAUCAUCUAGACCUGGUGUUAAAUAUUCUUCGGGUGAUGAUGACAUAUAUGGUCAUCUUUCGACGGCUAAUGAUUCAUCUGAUUCAGAUGACGACUUUUACGAUACUAAUAGUCGAAAAAAUGUUAGAUCGAACACUAAAUCUUCUAAGGUCAUAAGACCGAACAUUAGUGACUGGGACUAUUCGUCGUCAUCCGAAUCAGAGAAGGAUUCUAAUGUUGUUAAGUCAUUGUCGAAGUCAGAAAAAUCCGGAAGGGUUAAACCUAUCAAUGAAGAAGAUAUAGAAGAUAAGGGACUUUCAGUUAAAACACUCGUUAUUCCUGAUAAAAUUCAAUCCAAAAAACAAACACAAAGAUCUAAUGCUUCAAGUGCAUCCGAGGCUGGUAAGAAAAUAUACAGAUCUAGUAAAUCUAACGCCUCGAGUGCAUCAGAGGCUAGUAGAAAGACGACCUCUAUCGGACCUGGUUCCGUUACAAAGCCUCGUGAAUUAAAGAAUCGAGUUAUCGUUGCCAAUCCCGAGGCUACCAACAAAUCCAAGGGAAGUCGAAGGUCGAAGGCUGUCUCCUCACCAAAUACGUCACACAGAUCGGAAGUUAAAACAUCCACGAAACAACAGUUAAGAUAUGCUGAUAAUCUGUCGGAUAGUAGCGACAGCGUGAAGCAAACCAGUGAAUACAAUUCAUCUAAUGACGAUAGUGAGAAUAAACAGCAUAGUGCAAAUGGUAAGUUGACGAUAAAAGAAAGCAGAAGUAUUGCUAAAACGAACCGUGCAUCAAAUGCUACCAAAGAUCGCCGAUCAUCGCCAGGACCGCACAAAACAGGAUGUGCAAGAACCGAGGGAUAUUAUAAAAUACCACCCGAAAAAAAGCGAAAGUAUGUGGCAUAUGGAAUCGCAGGUACGCCAUAUGCGACGGCUGCAGCACCGGCACCUAGUCCUAGAGAAUCAAGGGCCAAGCGGCGAGAACUUCAAGCACGAAUGGCAGAUGACUAUUACGGAUUUAGUCCGUUGAAAUCAAGAGAACGAGAACUUACAAUAGCCAAAUCAUCUAUCCAUCAUUAUGGAUUGUUUACAUUGGAAAAGAUCAAAUCCGGAGAAUUCAUAAUCGAAUACACAGGAGAAUUGGUUAGACAAUCAGUCGCAGAUUUGCGAGAGAGAAAAUAUAGAGCAGCAGGAAUCGAAGGUAGUUAUAUGUUUCGGGUGGGAGAUGAUACCAUAAUCGAUGCCACUCGAAUGGGAAAUAAUGCGAGGCUGAUAAAUCAUUCCUGUGAGCCGAAUUGCAAUGCAAAGAUACUUAACGUCAAAGGAGCCAAGAAGAUAGCUAUAUAUGCAAAGAGGGACAUACAAAAAAAUGAAGAAAUUACGUAUGAUUAUAAGUUAAACCCUGCAAUAAUCGAUGAGUUCAUUGCAAUCGAUACUCAGAUUAGUGGAUUCUUAUAA